UAUUGUCAUUUAAUCAACGCACAAACAAAGAUUCGUUUUCACACAAAGAGACAGGGUAUAGUUCGAACUGAAUGAUUGCGAGUGACGUACAUGCAUCGGCAACUGCUGGAAGAAAGCAGUCCACACCAAGAAAGAUCUGCCAAGUUUACAAACAUUUCUGGAGAUAUAUUGUUCCAGAUUGAGACAGCAGCCAUGAAGAUGAAAAUAUCAGAGCAGUCUUCUGAGCCGAGUGCUGUCGCCAAUGGAGUGAUCGAGUCAAAUAUAACUCCGUUUCAUUCAUGGUUGGGUAGUCGUGGCAUGUGGAUUUCAUAUCUGAUUGGAACUUAUGCUCUGCAUUUGUUCUUUCUCAGUCUACCUUUCCUGAAUGUAGCGAUGGUGUGGACACUUACAACAGUCACACACAGCCUGUUGAUGUACCUACUGUUUCAUUACAUCAAAGGCUCCAUCUGGUCAGAUUGUCAGCAAACGGAGCGCUACUUAACUCAAUGGGAACAGAUCGACAAUGGUGACCAGUUUACAACCACCAGAAAAUUCCUUACCGUUGUACCUAUUGUCAUGUUUUUCCUGGCCAGUUUCUACACAAAGUACCAAGCCACACAUUUCUUGAUCAACGGCAUCUUUACCUUGAUUAUUGUGCUGCCCAAGUUGCCUAUGUUCCAUGGUGUAAGAAUAUUUAACAUCAAUAAAUACUAACAAAUAGCAAGCUUUAGGGGAAUUGUGUUACUCAUGAAAGAUCAAAGUUAUUUUGACAGAUGGUAGCACAUUCCUGCUGGCAAAUGUCAUUGCUUAUUUGUGAAUGCAUUUAAGUUUAAUAAGAAUUGUUUACAGAAAUAAACUGGAGGCUUUUAAUAAUAUAAGUAAAUAGACUUUGGAGGAUUGGGACACAUUUACAAUUUACAUAUUUUUUUAAUUUUAAGUAUUGUGAUGUUAUGAAUUAAUGGUUGCUCAGACUUGCUCUUUACUGUUGAUUUUCACUGACACGUUUUAAACAGAUAUCAGAGGUUGUCAUAUACAUGUAUAUAAUAUUUGCUUGUGAUUCCCAAGUAAUUAUUAACUUUUUUCCUCUUUUUUUUUUUUUUUUGAAUGCAGUAUAUUUUGUAUUUUGUAAAAUAGUUACUCUGGGUGCACUGUUCUUACAUGUACAUGUACAUGUUUUGUGUACAUGUAUGUUUCAAUACUUCAAACAUGUAUUAAACUGAAGAUUUUCAAAUGUUAUUUGUGAUAGCAUUUCAAGAUGUAUUACUAUUAGUAUUUUGAUGUAAAUAAUCUCUUUUUUUGAUUUGGCAAAAUAAGUUUCAUUUUUUUUUUUUGUACUUUGGGUUUUGGGAGUACUUGCAUUAAGUUUUAUAAGAUAAUUUCUUGGUCUGGUUAACAUGUGUAUUACAUAAAUUAGUUGUUUCUUCCGAGCAUUGUGCAGGCGCAUUGUUAACGGUAGAGCAUGAAAAUGGCUGAGCUAAAAGAUCUUCUUUUUUCCCCCUUUUUUUGUGAUAUUGUUUGGUAAUGGCGCUUUGUGAAAGACUUAACUUUUUGGUAUUAAAAGAAUCUUGUUGAUUUUUACUUUUUAUUGUAACAGUUUAUUUACAGCAGAUAAUUUGAUUGACACAAAAUGAUACCAGUCUUAGUUAAUUUCCUGUAGGUCUCUUUGUAAUAUUUUUUCCCGUGUACAUGUACAUGUAACAUGAAUCUUUCGGGGUUUUUUCAGUUUUUCGUACUUUAAAAUAAAGGAAUGCAAACAAUGCAACUUACAUUACAAAUUUAUUACGGAAAAGGUACACAGAUUUUAAAAAAAUGAAUUGAUUUAAGAAUAUACAUACAUUGUACAUGUACUGGUUCAUGUACUGUAUGGUAAAUCAUGCUGAUACAAUGAAGGUCUUGAAUAAGAUUAAGAUACCUCUUAAAGGUAGAGUACAAUGUACAUCAUUUGCAGCUAUCC